UAGGCCCCACCCAUCGUGGGUCCCUCCUGCGGCCCUAGUGCGUCCGGAGCUGCUGGUUGGCUCCGGUCUAGAUGCGUUGGGGUCCGAGCGGUCGGCGGUCGGGUUCAGACCUGGCUUGACGGCAUGUCGGUGGCUUUUGUACCGGACUGGCUGAGAGGGAAGGCAGAAGUCAAUCAGGAAACGAUCCAGCGGCUCCUGGAGGAGAAUGACCAGCUGAUCCGCUGUAUCGUGGAGUAUCAGAACAAAGGCCGAGCGAAUGAGUGCGUCCAGUACCAGCAUGUAUUACAUAGAAAUCUCAUUUAUUUGGCUACCAUCGCAGAUGCCAACCCAACCAGUGCUUCAAAAGCAAUGGAAUAAUCUUCCAGUUGGCUGUUGUGAGGAGUAAUUGAAUGUAAUCCAUUUCCUGUGAAAUGGAGACAGGAUCUUUACCAACUCAACUGCUUAAAACAUGAAUGAAACCUCUGUGGCUCUUUCAAAAAUGUGAAAAUGUGAAGAAAGCUACUAAGUUAACUGUAUUCUCAGUGUAAAUAUUUAUUUUAAUAAUGAAGCAGAUUCCCUGAAUUAAGUUGACUCCAAGUGUCCUCUUUCCUGAAAUAGGCGUGUUUGGAUAACAAAGACGUCAUGGGCUCUUCAAGUCUACCUUUGUAGUUUCACCCUGAAGAGGAAACUGAGCAGAUGUUGUGCAAUCAGCAGGAAUUGGCAAGACUCCCGACUAAGACCCUGCCAAAUGGACUUGUAACUUUGUGCUCCCUCCUACCAGUUUGUAGCUGUGGACUCCCUGACUGCUCUUUUCAGGUUGCUUUGAAAUAAAGCUUGCCUUUCCACAAAAGACUGAUAUUGAGGUAUAGAAAUUUUCACAUAGUAAGUGUUCCAUUUCGUUUUCCAGAAAAACUGUAAGGGCUUAAACAUAUAUGUAACAGCACCAUUAUCAUUGUUAACAAAAUUAAUAGUAAUUCUUAAUUAUUAUUAAAUAUCAUCUAAUAAUAGAUGAUGUUAUAGGGGAGGAAAAAUAUCUUUUUCCUUCUAUCCUUUUAAUGUACCCAGCUGGGGCUCUAUAACAAAAGACAGAUUAACAAAAGAAAAGCAUACAAAUUUAUUUAAUAUGUUUUAUGUGACAUAGGGGCCUUAAUAAGGAAAUGAAGACACAAACAGUUAAACCUGAGUAUUCUUAUACUAGGCUUGAUGAAGAGUGGAAAGUUGUGGAAAAAUGUGAUACGAGAAACGGGUAUGAGCUAAGUGUAGUAAGCUGGGGGAAACUUAACGCCUUUUCAUUCCAAUUCUCAGUUGAAAGAGAUAAGGGAGUGUCUCUCAGUCUUCAGAGAUAAGCAUGCUCCUUUCCUCUGGGUAUAGGAUGGCACCUCUAAUACAAGGGUCUCGUGACUGCUUCAUGGGAGAAGGUUAGAGAGUCCAUCCAGCAUCUGCCAUUUUCUCAGAUUCCUUCAGCUUAAAAUAUUCAACAUGCCAAGGUGCCAUAUUUUGGAGCAGCAUGUUCUAAACCCUGUUGAUGUUCAAUUUCCUUCACUUAUCACAAAAUGUCUUUUUGUUGAUCUGUCUGAAUCAGGUUCCAAACAAGAGUCACACACUGCAUUUUGUUGAUGUCCCUUAAGUCUCUUUAAAAAUAUUUAACAGUUCCCUUUCUUUUUUUCUUUGCCAUUUGUUGAAAAAAAUUAGGUCAUUUGCCCUAAAAUUUCUCACAUUCUAGAUUUGCCUAAGUGUAUCCCUGUGGUGUCAUUAAAUAUGUCCCACUCUCGCCCACUUUUCCUGUAAAUUGGUAGAUCUAGAGGCUCAUUCAGACUCAAAUUCUAUUAUUUUUGGCAAGAAUACAUCAUAGGAGGUGAUAAGUACUUGCUUUGCUUCACUCCAGGAAGUGACUUGAUUUGACUUAUCAAGUUCCCAAUAGACUUUCAUUUAAAUUAUGAUCUACCCAGCUUUGAUCUAUUAUUUCGUUAGGGAUUGCAUACUGGUGAUUUUCUAUUUUAUCAUUCCUUCUACCUUUAUUAGCUUUGUUCUAUAAAGAACUUUCCCUCUUUGAGACUUAUCUGUAAAUUGAGGCAAAGAGAUUCUUGUAAGUCAACCCAAAUUUAGAACCUCAGGUUCUUGGCUUCUUUUGUUGGAAUCAAGGGUUGCAAUCCAGGGAGGCUGUAACGUGUAAAUAGUGAAGAGAGACCUUAUUUUGAAUCCGACAUGUAUCGCAACCUCUGAAAGCUCUGUUUUCUCACCUCUAAAAUGGGGAUAAUGAAGCAGUAUCUGCCUCCUCAGUUUGAGAGAUUGAGAUAAUGUGGGUGAGAGCUGGGUACAUGGUAAACAUUCAACGGUGUUAGCUCUGAUGUGUUAUCUGAAGGUUCUGGCCCUUUCUAGACCCUCUCAAGUCUGGGAGGGAGCCUGUUCUUUGCUCCCUCACCCAUUCUGCCAUCCUUAGGGUUCUAGCCCAUUAUUGGUCCCUCCCUCCUCCACUGUUCAUGGGGUUGGUGCCCAUACUCUAUGCCAAAUGGGCUGCCUGUGAGCCUAAUCCGGUCAGCACAUAGGGUGGAUGCUGUGCAAUGUUUUUAGUUUUGAAUUUGUUGCUAACAUUUAAAGAUAAAAAGAUUUCCCAUUACAGCCUGGAUUUCUAGCAAUGCUUGGCUUGCAGAUCCACAUGGCAACCAUUAGCUGGAGUGGGCUGACAGCUGCCCCUCUUUACUAGGCCGCUCAACUUGUUUACAUAGGGCCUGGCACUAGCUGGAAUAUGAGCACCGGCUGAUCUUUCAAUUUGGGCCCCCCCUAAAGCAAAGCCUGAGACAAAGCCUUGAGUACAGGUGAUUUAUUUGGGAGAUGGUCUCAGGAAGCAGGGGGGAUAGUGAGACAGGGAAGAGGAAAAUACACUAAAACCGUGUGUUACUGAGCUCACUGCUGUAGGCAAUAGGGGCUCAGUUCUGCGGGGACAUCUGAGAAACAUGCAGAAUGUUCCAGAAGUGUCCCCCUGAGACACUGGUUGGGGUGGUCUGCAGAGGAUUUCGCUCCCCUACACUAACAAGCAGCCUCUGUGGCUAAGUGGGCCCCUAGACAUCAGAGGGGGCUGGAGGAAGUAGAAAGCUGCAGGGCAGCCCCUGUGGUGGGCUUCUGCCAGCACAAGGUGAUUCAUACCUUGUAGGAACUGUCUGCUGCUGGCUGCAGCCCAUAUCAGUGGUGGGCAAGGUUCUGAGACAGAGCCGCAGAGGCUUCAAUGCUGGGGAGUAUGGGCUCUGAGCCAGCCAGUGUAGCCUACAGCAGUUAAAGGCAGCCUCCUGCAUGGCAGGGGAGCAGCCUAGAAGACAAAGCCCAGCUCUCCUCCAGAGGGAAGAGGUCUGACCUGCUGUGUUCCCCUCCCUUUGUUUCUUGGAAGGAUAUUUCAGCAUGCAGAGGACUGAAUGAGGGCAAAUCAGAAGCCUCUGAGAACAGCUGAGGCUGCUUUAGCGACAGUUUACCCUACACUCCAGAGGCCCCAUUUCUGGGGAGGUACUCUGGAGAAGCUGGCGCAGGCGAGCUAGCUGUCAUCGUACGUGCCCCAGGCCAUCUGUACCUAUUUGCUUCAGAGACGGCCUGAAGCACAAGCAUCUGCCAUUCCUCUUGAGGGACCCAGAACUCAAUAUGGUUGUGAAAAAUGAUUUUAAAAAGGCAAAGACCAAACCUGACCAGACUUUAUUAACCACUCUCUCAUCUCAGAGGAACUCCUACUUCAAGAAUUAAGCCUCCACUCAGCCUGCCAGCCCGCUUCCAACUCUGGAGGUCAAGCUGAUCUCCUGACAGCCCACACAGUCCCUGAGCACAUUCUCUUGGGUUUCCAAGCAUGCUUCUCAGGAUUUGCAACUAUGGUGACUUGUGUCAUUAUCACACUCUCCUGGGAUGAGGAUAUGGCAGCUAAAACAGAGAGCAGAUAACUUUAGAUCAGAUUUAUUUCACAAAAUGUUAAGCUAUUUUUCUACUUCCUCAUGAGGCUUCUUGACAUCCUAGUGUGACCUUUGGGGACUCCAAGUAACAAUGUGGCUAGGGAGGAAGUGAUGUUCAGUGUGAUCUCAUGUGCCCUUGGACCUUUGCAAUAAACUUCCAUGACUGAAGAGGAUCUGAGGAUUUCUUAAGCUGGGUACAUAGUAUCUUCAUUUUAUUGUUACUCUAUCUAACACAUAUUAUAUAUAUUGUUUUGCUUCAAUUCCAUUUUAAUAAAAGCAAUUUUAAAAAGUU